CCAACGUUGCAGCCCGGUCUUGUGGGCGUCUCCUGCGCCUCUAGAGUCUAACCUGAAGCUUCCACUCGCCGUGACCAAACAGCGUGCAUUGUAUCGACCAGCAGGCAUCUCUCUAUUCUGGCUUGAGCUUGUUCUACAUAUCGCGAGAACCCACCAGAAACCUCUGUCUGAAGCGUCAUCUCGCUGUGGUGCAUCUCAAACAUGGCGAGAACCUCUGUAUCACCCGAUCGACCACACGGCUCAGGCUCUCGUUACAGAGAUCGCUACGAUGGCCGGGGCGGUUACGACAGUCGGAGACGCAGAGAUGAGCGAGGAAGCACGCGUGACGAAGACCGCCGUCGGACGAAUUACGACAGGGACAGCUACAGCCGGCGUGACGGGGACGACCAGCGUGGCGGUCGCCACAGGUCACAACGAGACCGCUCGUCGGACAGGGAUCGAGACCGACAUCGUGAACGGGAUAGCAACCCCGACGCACGUCCUGGUCCUUCGCGCCGUUCUGCUUCGCCUCAUGCGCGGAACUCGAAAGACCGCUCGCGCUCUGCCUCAAAACCGGAGGAUUCGCCUGAGGACAAGGCCAAGCCGAACUUCAAUCCCUCAGGACUACUUGCUGCAGCCACAAAAUCGGUCAAACAUGCAGACGGUACCAGCACAGUGUUGAAAUACCAUGAGCCACCGGAGGCGCGCAAGCCUACCGUGGGCUGGAGGCUGUACGUGUUCAAGGGGAAGGAGCAAGUGGAUGUGCUGCAUAUCCACAGGCAGAGUGCGUACUUGAUUGGCCGAGACCGUGCAGUGGCAGACUUGGCGAUCGAACAUCCCUCCUGCUCGAAACAGCAUGCUGUCAUCCAAUUCCGACAGGUGCAUGAGAAGAACGAAUUCGGGGACGUCAAGAACGUUGUGAAGCCCUUCAUCAUCGACCUAGAGUCGACUAACGGCACCCAUGUCAACGAUGAGCAGAUCCCAGAAUCGCGGUACUAUGAGAUGAAGCUCGGUGACGUAAUCAAAUUUGGUGAAUCGCAGCGAGAAUAUGUACUGCUGCACGAUGAGGCUACUUGAUGGGCCGCGUAUACGCGGCUUAUGGCUUGCGUCGUGCAACGUCGGUUUAUUUUAUUUGGACGUGCUUGCCCAUCCCACGUCUACCGCGCCUCGCUAUUGCAGACGCCAUCUUGGUGAGAAAAUGUAUAUUGGGGCCCAACAAAAUAAACGUCGCUCCGUGCGAUUCCCUGAUGAUCGCACCUACUGCUUGCGACGACGGGAAGGAAGGAGAAAUAAAGAGGCGGAAGGUGCUACAAGUCUACAACAGCGAUGACCCUCGUGAGCGAUUCACAUUGUCCGGACAAAGCAAAUCUCAACUGAC